AUGGGCCAAGUACACGCGACAGGCGGCGACGGCGAGAAGGCGCGACGCCUGGACGCGCGCUGGGGCCGCGUGACGCUCGAGCAGCUCGGCGACGAGACCUUCCUCACCAAGCAGUAUCGGCGGUCGGGCUUUGCCGCGACGUACAACCAGUACCAGCGCCAUCGCAUGACUCUGCUUUUGGCCAAGCCCGACGACGACACCGACGCCGAGACAAACGAGCGAGACGAGAUGGCGCUGGGCGACGCCGUCAUGGCCGUCGUGGACACGGACCCGACGCUCCUCGCCCAGUUUAGCAUCCACCGCCUCCGCGACAUCCUCGUGCGAAGCUGCGAGGUCGUCGAUCCCUUCGUGACCAAGCUCGAGCUGCAAAAGUUCAUUCUGCGCUGUGCGCACGAAGCGCUCGCGUCGCAUGCCGCCCCUCGCGCCGAGACGACCAAGGAGACCAAUGCGGCCGCUUCCAGUAGCGCCAAGGCCCGGAGUAGUGUGCCUCACGACGCUCUCCUCGGUGUCCACGUCUUCCUCUCGCUCGUCGCCAGCCUCCACGAGCCCGACAUGCGCGAGGCCCGCGCCCAGCUCCUCCUGGACAUGGUGCCACUGGUGCAAAAGUUGUCGCCCCUCGCCCUCGCGCCGACACCACCCGGGAAAGGCCGCGUUCGCACCGAGUCGCCCGACGCCCUUCUCGUCAUUGACCGUCUCCAGCGCUUCCUCCUCGACAUGUGUGCCGAGGCGAGCGACGUGAGCAGCGUCGCGAUGCAAUUGCUGUUGCAACUCGCCAUCGCGCGGGGCUCCGUGAGCACCUUCUUGCUUGCGAUCCGUGUCUUGCUGUGCGCGACGGACGCCGCCAGCGACGUCAAGAAGGUCGAGUUGCUACCGGACGAGAGCGUGCUCGACGACGAGCUUGGGGCCAUCGAUAUGAAAGCGCUCCGAAAGCUGCCGCGCGUCGGCCCGCUCCUCCGGGACGCGGACGAGAUUAAGGCCAAGAGCGUGAGCCCCGUGCACCCGGUCUCGGGGCCCACGUCGUCGAGCCCGAGUCCCAAGAAGAACAACGUCCGCGACAAGCCGGUGAAAGCCGACUCGCUCGACAUCGAGGCGAUCGUGUCGGUACUGCGCGCCGCGACGCCGCGCGAGUUGACCGACGCCGGCGUCGCGAUUGACGACGAGGACGAGCGCGAGGUAUGGAGCUGCGGCCAAAACUCGUACGGCGAGCUCUCCCACGGCGACACCAACCCGCGAAGAGCGUUCGAGCGCGUGGAGGCGCUGCAAGGCAAAGGCAUCGUGCAAGUCUGCGCGGGUAACGAGCACACGGUCGCCUUGAGCAGCGACGGCACCGUGUUCACCUGCGGCUACAACGACAACGGACAGUGCGGCCAGGGCACGACGACGCGCGUCGCCGCCGUGACGGCCAUCACCAAACUCGACGUUGGUUUCGAGCACGGCGUGAGUCAGAUCCACGCGUACAACGGAUGCGAACACACGGUGAUCGUCAACACCGAGGGCGCGGCCGCUGCGUUUGGGUACAACUACCGCGGCCAGCUCGGCCUUGGGUCCACGACGAGCGAGAGCGUGCCCAAGGUGCUGCGAGGCUUGGACCCGACAAAACGCGUCAAGCUCGUCUCCUGCAGCUACUACCACACGCUCCUCAGCGUCGACGGUGAUGCCGUGUACGCCUUUGGACGCAACGACUAUGGGCAGCUCGGGCACAACGAUACGAUGGACCGCCGGUCGCCGGCGCUCGUCGACGCGCUCGCAAACGUCCCGCUAAGCUCGGUCGCGUGCGGGCAGUACCACACCAUGGUCGUCACGACGUCCGGUGUGAUCCUCGCCUUUGGGAAGAACGACUACGGCCAACUCGGUGUCGACGGCAUCGAGAACCAGCUGGUGCCGAUGGUGGUCAAGAGCGGCCUCGAGCGCUUCGUGUGCACGGAGCUCGGCAUCGGCGAGGCCGCCAACGCGCAGCAGCGGAUCGCGGUUCCGACGCUCGUGCCCGACCUCGAGGGCAAGGACAUCGUCCGCAUCGCCUGCGGCUGCUACCACACGCUCGCGGUGGCCGACAACGGCAUGAUGUACGCGUUUGGCCGCAACAACCAUGGGCAACUCGGGACCGGCGACACGAGCGAGCGACUCGUGCCAACCCCUGUCGACGCCUUUGUGGGCAAGCGCAUCGCGAUGGUGGCGGCUGGCUUUUACCACACGGUUGUGCUCACAGGUGGUCGAGAUGCAACCGAGAUACCGCCAACGGAAUCGACGCUCGAGACAACCGACAACAGCGCAUUCACACCCGAGGCGGUGCUGGCCGACAUGGCGGCGUUCGUCGCGCCGGGGAAGCCGAAACCAACGCCGCGCACCGCGUCGCAGCCCCUUCGCGUUCUCGUGGACCCGUCGUUUGACAUCGAUCCCGAAGACGAAGAGGCCGAGGCGUCGCUCGUCGCGCCCGAGGGUCCACCGCCGACGGCCGCGUUCGGCCACGUGCAAACUGCCGUGUGCCUCCUCGCCCACCUGGAUCGACUCUCGCGCGCGUUUGUGCCACGGCGACAGUUGUACCCCUCGCUCGCGGGACCAAAACCAAAGGAAGGCGCGGCGGGGCGCUUUGAAACCUACUGCGUCGACGUCCAUAGCUCGACGUUUCUCGCGGUUGCCGACAUCAUCACGCGCGGGUGUUCCGGGCGCGACGGCGAGGCAGCGCAGACCCAGGUCUACAUCCUGCUGGCGUCGCUUCGGGUGCUGCAAGCCAACGUGACGCAGCUCGUGCGCUGCGGGCUCGGGAAGCGCGUCGUCGCGGCGCAACCUCCCGUCGAGAAGGAACCCGAAGUAGACGCCCUCCGAAGCGCGCUACACCGCGUGCACGUGGUGCUGGUUUCGCUCAUCGAUGUGCCAAAAGGCUUGCGCGACGGCGACAACCACGCGGGCGUCGUCGACGGCAAGAACCAGCUCGUGACGGCCGCCGUUGAAACCUUGCUCAUCGGCUUCGAGCUCUUCUACCCGUGCCAGUGCACGCAGACGUCGGUGAUCUUUUCGGUUCUAAAAGACAUGGCGCCGGCCCUUGUGGCUACUGGGUGUGCGUGUGGUGCCGGAGCGCCGCCUCCGAUCCCACGCAACCGCAAGGUCGUGCUCGAGCCACUCCUCCGGCGCAUGGCCGACGACGCGAUCCUCGCGCAGUUCAUACCGCAGUCGCCGGAAACGGGGACAGAGAGCUUGGAAAGUCUGGCCAACGUCGUCAUCGAACGAAUUGGGCUGCAGACAAUGGCGCUCCUUGCCACGUCGGAGAAGGACGAGCUUCGCAGCGCCGACGCUGCCUUCCGCCCGUACGUGGUGCUUCUGAACGCCAUGCAGAAGCAGCUCGCGAGCUGGGCCGCCAGCGUCGAGUCGUGGACGCGGCCAACCUCCGACAUGCCCGUGCUCGACAGCGUGUUUUGCCUGACGCCGGACGCCGCCGGAGGUCUUCCCCGCGCCUGGCGCUGCUACGUUGAGUUUAGCACCACGGUCUUUGCCCACUGUACGACGGCCAUCAAAACCGUGAGCGUCCAGACCAAGGUGCGCGGCGACGUCCUCGACCUCCUCCGCGUCUCGAUGGUCGGCACCGUCUUGCCGGCGCUCGCCACCACGCUCUUACUCCUCUCGGACCGACCUCUCUUUGCCAUUGCGCUACUGACACCGCUCCUGGACCUUCUCCGCCUCGUCGAUGGGUUGAACGCCCGCGUCGCUGCGGUGCGCGAGUCCGAGCGCCACUACAUGGAGGCGCUUUGGCUGUACCAGCAGCCGCAGCCGCUGGCGACGGCGUCGUUGGACCUCGUGCACAACUUGCAUUGGCUGCUCGCGCUCGAGAAGCUCCUCGCGCAGGUGGCGAGUACGAUGACGCACACGCUCUUGAUCGGCGACAGCGCGGCGACGACGCCGACGUUGGCCGACACGACCCUCGCGUGGCUGAGAAGCCCCCUCUUUGCCGACGGGUUCGAGUCGCACGUGUUCGCUACGCUCGCCGAGCACGGACGGGCGGUGCGCCACGCACCGAUGGCCGCUUCGACGAUGACACUGCCGCUGCCGCCACCGGGCGUCUGUGAUCGGCUCCGACUGCUGGUUCAGAUGCAAGACGGCGAGCACGAGCGACCGAGAGCGUUCUGCGCGUGGAUACGAGCCGCGUACUCCCGCAUCGACGCGAGCUACCGUUUCCUCCUCAAAGCGUCCCACGCCCUUGACGAGCGGCUCGAAAAUGCCUUCUUCGCACUCUGGGCGGCGCGGUUGGAAUUGGCGGCCGCGCCCCCGCGACGCCUCCUCGACCAGUGGCACUUUGUGGCCGACCUCUCGCGCGGAUUCGCCCAGCUCAAGAACGCGCUGCUCAACCAGGAGGGAGUAUCGUCGCUCGAUGGCGUUACGAGCCUUCGAAGUCGCUUGCUGACAGCAACGCAGUUUCCGUUUACUCUGGCAAGCGACGCCGACGACGACGCGACCGUCGUAAUCAUGCCGUGGGACCCACCGACGACGACGACAACGACGUCCGAGACAGCUUUUUUGGCCCGGCACCCGCAGUCGCGCUGGCGCCGGGUUCGCUCGUUGUUGCACACGAUCGUCCGUUGGAAACAACUGCUUCGUCCACGAGGCGACGGCGUCGGAAAGGCUGCGAUUCGGUUUUUGCUCUCGGACGUCGACCUCUGCGGCCUGCAGCGCGCUCUCUUCGACCGGUGUCGUCGCGCGGCCUACCGAGCGCGGGGCAUCGACGCCGUCGCAACGCUGCUAUCGCACAUCACACUGCAAAGCAUCAUUGUCGACGUCUAUGCGACCGUCGGGCGCAGUCUCCGCGGGCCCCUCCACGGCCGCAUCCUCGUCUGCCUUGAAGGUGUCGGUGCAUUCUACGAGGGCCUCGUGCGCGCAGCGUUUGGGCAGCUCCUCUCGCGCAUCACGUCGGCGCUAUCGAGCCACUCGUUUGAGGACGACCACGUGUUUCGAACGCCUCUGCUGCUGGCGCUACUGCAGUGCUGGACGAUCGCGAUUGAGCCGACGGCGUACGACCUCGUGGCGCAUCUCGAGCUCGUGCCGACGCUGCAUCGACUUCGGCGCGCGGCGACGGCAGCGCAGAAGCUCGCCAAACCUGACGUCCUCUGCCUUCUUCGCAAAAGCGACGACGCGCUCUGGGCAGCGAUGCGGUAUGUCUUCGCCUCGUUUGCGGCCCGGGCGACUGACCACGGAGUGCUUCAAACGCCCAAGCGCCCACUUCUCGCGCGCUGCUUUCAUGUGCUCCAGAAGGAAGCCGAGUUGAGCUUGGCCACGAUGGUUCCGGCGUUCAAACCGGAGAACGACCUCGUCGUCGUUGUGGCUGCCGCCGACGACGACAAGGUGGUCAAGCGAAGCCAUGACUUGAUCACGUUGCCGGUCCAGUUUGGCGGCCUCGAACAUGGCGUUGCCACCGACUUGACACCGCUCUUGCCGAUGGUGCCCGACUGCAACGACUUUAGUGCGACGUUUUGGAUCUUUGUUGACGGUGCCAAAGCCAGCGCGGUCGCCAAGCAGUUUGUGUUUGCGCGCACGAACCGACGAGACGUUGCUCCGUACUGCGUGCUGUACGAAGCCAACGACGGCGACGACGACGGCAGCGAGUAUGUGGUCGAAAUCGGUGUCGUCGCCGGCGACAGCCAUGACCGCCUCCAAGCCAUCGAGACGGCGUCGUCCAAAACGCCGCUCCUGCCCAAUCAGUGGUACCACGUCGGUAUCGUGCUCGAAGGCCCAAAGCUGCGGCUCUUCAUCAAUGGUGCGCUGGAGAUCCAAAAGGUGCUCUCGUCGGCGGUAUCGCUCGUCGGCGCCGGCAGCGUCUGCGUUGGCAAAGCAACGUCGUCCGUCGCCGACAUGCUGAGCGUCCACACGGGGCUGCAAGGCACGCUGGCGCAGGUGCGCGUACACAGCCGGGCGCUCUCGGGCAUUCAUCUGCACAUUCUAUUCGACCAAGGCCCGCCGCCUCUGUACACGGAGACGGACCACGGGUGCUAUCAGAUCGGAGCGUUGCUUCAGCUCUUGGCGCAGAGCAGCGAAGGCGCCGUCGAGCUUCUCACGCCGCGCUGGCUGCGCGUCGUGCUGUGGAUGCUUCGCGGCGGGACCUACCGCGUCCAGCAGCAGGCGCUGCGCCUCUUUGCAAAGCUUCUGCCGCGCGUGCCACCAGUGUCCUUGCCGCUCGACCAGUUCUUUGUCGCCGACGGCGGGGCACUCGUGCCGUACUUUUUGCGCAUCGUCGGGUUUGGCCUCUGGCGCUUCCAUGCUGUGCCCGGCGCCGGCACCAAGCUCGGCGUUGACUUUCCGCUCAACCUCGCCGCGCAUUCGCUGAGCUUCCUCGAGUACACCGGCGACAACUGCUUGACGACCGAGACAGAGCGCAGUCAGCAUCUGGCCAUGGAAACGUGCCGCCUCCUCACGACGCUCGCCGCCGACGUCAAGUGGGCGGAUGCCGUUGCCGAGCAUCUCGCGUCGGCGCUGGAUGUUAUGAUGCGCCGGAGCCGCGAGCCCGCGGCUGCCGGCGUCACGGUUGUCGGGAAAGCGCGUCUCGCGGCCGACGCCCUCGACAUCGCCGCGGGUCUCGGCGCGCUCGCUGUGCUUGGUGGCGCCAUUGACACGGUGCGCAUCGGCGCCGUCAUGGAGCUCAGCCACGGACGGGACCUCGGAACCGUCGUCGCGUUCGACCCCUCCCAGACGUUUGCCCAGCUUGUGCUGCAGAAGAUUGCAACGGUCACCGACCCCGUGACGACGCAUGCGUCCUGGAGCGCCAGUGUCCACGCGGCACCCUUGAAUAUGGACACGUGGAAGAUCCUGCGCCUCAACAUCGACGAGCUCGCGGUCGCGUCGCCUGACACCGAGCUAUCGGCGCCGUUGCGCGCACUCCUGCUCCACGUGGCAUCGUCCAUAUUCAACGACGGCUCGAGCACGUCGUUGUGGCGUCAGAGCCACGCGCGUGCGCUCAAGGCCUUGGCCGUGGCCGUGCGGUUCCCAGAGACGGCAGCCGAGCUUCUGCGGGCGCACCCGUCGCUCUUCCAGAGCCUAUUGAGUCUAGCGGUUCAGAGCGACGGGUCCUCGGUGUUUAUUACACUGGCCGAGGCCGAGCUCAAAGCUGUGUUGCUGCGACGACGGCAGUAUGAGCUCUCGGCGGCGGCGGUCGAGUCGACGACGAUAGCGACGGCCCGACGAGCGGACACGUCCCGCGACCGGCCACCGACAGUCGUCGGGAAAGGGUCGGAAGAUGGCCUUGGCGACGACGAAGCAGACGACGAGGACGACGAAGACGACGAGCGCAACGUAGAGGACGACGAAGAAGAGGACGAAGAUGAGGACGACGAGGAGGAGGACGAUCCCGACGUCCGCACCGAGCUUGUGGAGGAGCUCUCACUUAUGGGGUUUCCAGAAGAUUGGUGCGUCAUGGCGCUCAAGCACACGAGCAACGACAUCCUCUCGGCGUCGGCCCGCCAAGGACAAGGAAGACCGGGAAAAGACGCGCAAUUGGACAUGAACGAAGAGGAGGACGACGUGGGGUCGCCUGACGCGUCAUCAUCGUCGUCGUCCAGUGCAGUCGUCUCGUCAACGCUUCUCGAUGACGCGUUUGCGGACAAGGAGACGGGCCGCAAGGUGUUUGGUGAAAUCUACUUUCCGUUUGAAGAAGGCGGGUUCCUCUCCAACUGUAGCCACCUUUUUCUCGACGCCAAGCUCGGGAAUGCGUCACCGCCCCUCAACACCCUCGAGAGCAUUCUGCGCUUCCAGCAAGAGCUCCGCGCGUGGAGCACCACCGACGUGCUUGUCGCGGCCGCGACCGCCGAGGCGUCGCUGAGCAUCCUCUACGCGCGCCAGAUUGUGGCCACCGCGCUCUCCCAUGUCGCAUGGCUACCGACGAGCGACCUUGGGAUUCUGCUUCGCUUCUCCAAGACCGUUCUGUUUCGAGGACCGCAGGUCGUCUUGCGGCAGGUGGACGCCGGUGUACGCUCAACGUUUGCGCCGGACCGCGUCGUCGCCGGGCUUGUCACUGACGCCCUGCAACGGCAUCCAGCGACGUUUGGCGCGCUGCUGUGCGACGCGAUAGCGACGGAGCUCCUUCGCGCCUCCGAAGUUCGUUUUGAAGGAUACCUCUGGACGCAGCGAGACGUGCACCUCGGCGACGUCGCUGCCUUGCACGAGCCCAGCAUCGAGUUUGCGGCGUGGCUCCUCGACCGUCUCUUUGCGCAGCCGACGCGUUUUCAGGCCUAUUUGGAGACGACACCGUCGCCGGCCGACACGUUGCAGACAUUGGUGCGGCGUCUCCUGCCGUGCUUGGCGAGCUCCAACUUGGCACUCAAGCUCGUCGUGUUCCGAUGUCUCACACUCUUGCUUGGCCACACGUCGUUUCCAGACGGCGCUGUGAAAGCGGCGCUCUGUGCAGCACCGCCUCUGCACGUCGACUGCCUCCUCCUCGCGGCCCGACGCCGGCAUUUGCGCGAAAUUGCGCAGAACCGGCUGUACUUUUCGCCGUAUUUACAAGGCCUCUUGGAGCUUAUUCGCGUCGUGCAGCCGCUCAGUGCUGGGUCACCCUUGUGCCUGCAGCUGGUCGCUGCCACGGAGACGUCCGUGACCGUCGCGUGGCCAUCGGUGCUCGACGAUUCCGACUCGUUUGUGGUUGAAGCCAUCGACGCCGACGGCAACUACACCGAAUGGUACUCGGGCCAAGACCUCCAGUACACGCGCGUCGGCUUGCGUCCGCAGACGUCGUACGGUUGCCGACUGCGCCGCGGUGGUGCGUCGGCCAACACGGUCGUCGCCACCAAGCCGGCGCGUGACACGACCGCCGAGUCGGUGCCGUUUACGCUGGACAAGAAAAAGUGCCGGAGCAGCGCGCUCACGUUCGGAGACGACGGGCUCGGCGUCGCGUACAGCGGCAACGAGGCGUGGCGCAUGGUGCUCGGCUCGGAAGGAUUUGUCGUCGGACGGCACAAGUGGCAGAUCAAGAUCGACAAGUCGUCGUCUGCCUACCUCUUCCUCGGUGUUGCGUCCAAGCGCGCGAACCUCGAGUCCUUCCUCGGGGCGGACGAGCACAGCUGGGGCUUCAUCGGGGACGGCGCGCUCUACUACCAGCGCAACCGCCUCAAGACGUACGGCGACACGUUCGGCGAAGGCGACGUCAUCGGGCUGGACCUCGACUGCGACCUCGGGACGCUCUCGUACUCGAAGAACGGCGUCGACCUCGGUGUCGCAUUUGACAAUGUCGUUGGCGAGCUCUUUCCCGCCGUCGCGUUCUACUCGCGCCACCAAAAGAUCUCGCUCGUCGCCAACGGGUUCGAGUGCAGCGUCGGCCUGACACUCCACGGCUCCCCGAAGGAUGCGACAAUCGACGAGUACCUUGACGUCUGCGCGCUCAUGGACUGCAUGCAGCAGAGUGCUGCGCUGCCGCCGCCUCUUCUGCUGCGGGCGUACGACGCCUACACGCAGUGGUGCAACGAGACACGCGCUCGGUGCAUGACGCGCGCCGGCUACGACCUGCUCUUUGACGUCUCGGACGCCACGUGCGCUCCGUUCGGUUUCAAGGCGCACGACCGAGUCAAGACACCACGAGGCAACGGCACGGUCGUCGGGGUAGCGGAUGGUCGGCUCUGGAUCGAGACCGAGGCCGAGGCGGGCUGCUGGUUCUACCACCCGAGCAAGGUGCGCCCGCGUCAAAUCAACGUGCAGUCGGCGAGUGACCCGCCGUCGAUAACGGUUGCCAAGGCGCAGCCCGCCAUCAGCCUCGAUGCGUUUGCAUCCUGCGCCGACUGCCACCACUGGAGUGUGGCCAAAGACGCAGCGCUGAUUGCGACGCUGAACGGCGUCUGCGGUCUCGGUGGCCCGAGCCCUUGGAACAUGUCGGUGGAGAAGGUUACCGAUGUGUUUCGAGGCGAGGCCACGUCCGAGGCGGAGCUAAGGCGCAUCGUCUGCCGCGUCGCGCUGCUCAAGCUCUUCAACCACGACAUCUCUCGCACGAUCGGGUUUUUUGACUUGAGCUGGCACUACUUUGGGCCGCGCCAGAGCUUCCAGAACGCGUCGCUGCUCGCCGCAACCAAAGGCAGUCUCUUUGUCUCGCUCAAACUGGCGCUGCUCGACACGCUCCUCGAGAAGACGCUGACGCACCCGAAGAAAGCCGAAGACGACUACGACUACCCUGAAGACCUCCCGCAGCUGGUGGUCAACCGCCCGAAAGCGGCGGUAGCACAUUUCAAAUCCGACCUCGAGACGCUGGUCGGCCAGAGUCUGUUUGGUCAAGCGUUCGACGAGCUCCACUUUCUCGACAACAAAGUGCUGCGCAUGGUGUACUCGCAUCCGAUGGACGACGGCCAGCUGCGCACGUUCAAAGUGAAAUUCGAAGGCGAAGGCGCCGACGACUAUGGUGGACCGUACCGCGAGUUCUUCUCCCAGUUUGUCUCGGAGCUCCAGUCCAUCAAACCCGACUCGGCCGACUCGACCGAUGGACUCCAAUGCAUCCUUCCGUUCCUGAUGCCGUGUCCCAACUGGCGCAAUGGCGUUGGCUCGCACCGCGAGCGCUUCGUCUUGAACCCGUCCCUGCUUCGCUACGAUGCCAAGUGGAACAAGGGCUCGACGACGCACCCCGUCGACAACACGACGCUCUUCGCGGAAAUGUACCAUUUUCUCGGGCAAAUUCUGGGCAUCAUCCUCCGCACCAAAGUGCUCGUGCGUAUCGACUUUGCCACCAGCAUCUGGAAACGGCUCGUGGGGUCGCCCGUCGACGCGUCCGACCUCGCCGCCAUCGACGCGCCUGCGUAUGCGCUUCUCGAGCAGCUCAAGGCGCUUCUGGCGCAGCAUGCGAUCGAGCCCGAGGUCGCCGAGGCGACGCUCGACGCGCUGGACCUGACAUUCACAACCAACCUCUCGGACGGUUCCAUGGUCAACCUCACACCCGACGGCGGUGACCGACAAGUCACGUGGGCGAACCUGCCCGAGUACAUGGAACGCGUCCUCGAGACACGUCUGCACGAGAGUGACCGCGCGAUCGACGCGAUCAAGCAAGGCUUGUGCACGAUCGUACCAGCCAACGCCGUCGCACUCUUCUCGCCCGACGAGCUCGAGGUGCGCAUCUGCGGCCGCGCCGAGAUUGACGUCGAUUUGCUCAUGGCGCACACCGAGUACGACGAAGACGUGAGCGCGGACGACGCGUUCGUGCAGCGCUUCUGGCGCGUGCUCCACGGGUUUAGCCAGGACGAUCGAUGCGCCUUCCUCCGCUUCGUCUCGGCGCGGUCGCGACUGCCCAUGGACCAGCACGGGUUCACGCAAAAGUUCAAGAUCCAGGCGGCGUCGGGCGAGGGCAUGACGCAGAACCCGGACGACUCGCUGCCCAAGUCCCACACGUGCUUUUUUGCGCUGCUUCUGCCCAAGUACUCGACCGACGACGUGUGCCGCAAGCAGUUUCUGUACGCGAUCCACAACUGCCUCGAGAUGGACGGCGACUUCCGCCUCGCCGACACGGAGAUGACGGGCUGGAACGACGUGCAUCCGAACGACGCGCUGCGCAUUUGA